AUGAGCCUCAUCCCUCUUGGCCCACGUUGCGCUGCGAGCGGUAGCAGGCAUGCUGCCUUCGCCUUGCGUAAUGUGCAGGUGCAAUCGAACAAGUGUGGUAGCCGCGCCCUAUCCACUGCCAGCUCCCGACUGCUUCUGUCAGCCAAUACUGCAGCCCCUUUGAGCUGGCCGCGUGUCCAGUCUGCCCUACAGCCGUCUAGAGUCUCUGUAACACGUUCGCCCUUGGUCUUGUCGCGGUGGAACUCUUCGAAGACGACUCCACCUUCUUCGUCUCCUGCAAAGUCAUCUUCACCUACGGCCUCAUCUUCUAAGACCUCUUCGGAAACCUCUGCGUCAUCCACGACAGCUCCUGCAGCAGCGUCUGCUGUUCAGAAACUUGUCGCACGCAUUCGAGAUGCCUUCCUGCAGUCUUUGGCUAAGGCCGCAUCUCGAUCGGGCACUGGUACUGGAGGAAAGGACACAACAACGGCGCCUCCUACCUACCCAGACUUCAGGCGACUGUUUUCGCUGGCUGCGCCGGAGAAGAAAGCCCUCUUCCUCGCUCUCAGUCUCCUGCUAGUUUCUUCUGCCGUUUCCCUAGCUGUCCCCUUCACCAUCGGCAAGGUCAUCGACUUCUUCACCGCUCCGACGCCGGCCGAGACCGACGGUAAAGACGGUAGCUCAGAUGAUGCUGCAAAGAAGAAGGAUAAGACCAUUUUCGGCAUGGGCUUCAAGUCCGUUGUUCUAGUCCUGGUGUUCGUCUUCGCGACUGGAGCAGCUGCUAAAGCUGGGUCGAAUAUCAUGCUCAAUCUGGCCGGUGUGAGAAUCGUCAGAAACAUCAGAGAGAAGUGCUUCGGGAAUGCUGUCAGGCAGGAAGUCGAGUGGGCCGACAAAUCGCACGGCGAUAUCAUCUCACGUCUUUCCGUCGACACGUCCAUUGUCGGUGAUGCCGUCACUUACGAGCUUGGCGAUGGCCUGCGGUCUUUUUUGACCGUCAUCUUCUCCGGUACAACAAUGUUCCUCAUCUCACCGUCUCUCACGCUGCUCAUGAUGGGCGUUGUCCCACCAGCCGCCAUCGGAGCCGUCUUCUACGGACGCUACCUACGUGACUUGACCAACAAGACGCAGGAAGCCGUCGGGCAGAUGACACGGACUGCAGAGGAAAGACUCAACCCUCAAGCCUUCCGCACUGUGACUGCCUUCAAUGCUCAGGCCAUUGAGCAGAGGCGCUUCGCAGUCAAGGUGAAAGAUAUUGCGGACAUUGAGACCAAGGAGACGUACGCUUCGGGAUUCUUCUACGCGGGUACCGGCUUCGUCGGCAAUUGCUCUAUUCUCGUCCUGCUCACGUACGGUGGUACUCUCGUCUCAAGAGGUGUCAUCACAGUAGGAGACCUGACCAGCUUGCUCAUGUACACAGCCUACCUCGGUGGAGGUCUGGCAAACAUGACGUCUUUCUUCGCCUCCAUCAUGAAGGGUGUGGGAGCUGGAGCUCGAGUCUUCCAACUCAUCGACCGGGAGAGUGAAGUCAGGCUUGGCGAGGGUAGGCCGCUGACCGAGGCAGAGAAGAAGAAGGCCAAGAUCGAGUUCAGGAACGUCCACUUUGCUUACCCGUCGAGACCGGGAGUCAAAGUUCUCGAUGGCAUCGACUUGACCAUCGAGAGGGGAGAGAGCGUUGCGCUGGUAGGCGGUAGUGGAGUCGGCAAGUCCUCUGUUCACUCGCUUCUCAUGAGGUAUUACGAUCCUGACACAGGAUCGAUCACUUAUGGUGAUGCUCCAAUCAAGGACAUUGCUCCGGCAGAUCUCCGUGACCAGCUCGCCGUGGUGACACAAGAGCCCAUCCUCUUCAGCGGCACAUUGCUCGAGAACAUCUCCUACGGCUGCGACCCGCCGCCGUCACGAGAGCAAGUCAUCGAGGCAGCCAAGAUGGCCAAUUGUUGGGAGUUUGUCGAGCAGCUGCCAGGCGGUCUUGACGAGGAGAUCGGUUCUCGACAGCUCUCGGGAGGCCAACGUCAGCGCGUAGCCAUCGCGCGAGCGCUCUGCAGGAAGCCAAAGAUCUUGCUGCUCGACGAAGCCACGUCUGCUCUGGAUUCAGCUUCUGAGUACCUUGUCAACAAGUCCAUCUCGGAUAUCAUUCGCCAGGGUGACAUUACAGUCUGGAUUGUCGCUCAUCGGCUGAGCACCAUCAAGAGUGCCAACCGAAUCUUGGUCUUGCAGGGAGGCAAGAUCAUCGAGAAUGGCUCGUUCGAGGAGCUAGACCGACCAGGCAGCGCUUUCAGAAAGUUGGUCGGAAGCCAGAUCGAGCGGGACGAUGAAGGGGACGGAGAGACUAUUGUGCAAGACGAUGCGGUGCAGCAGGGGCAAGGACAGACGGUGCGUGCCUAG